GGCCACCGUAGUUUCUCCUACGCACUUGGAAGGGGAGGGUGAGGCGAGCGGUAUUCAAAUCGUUGCAAACUGCAAUUUCACCGCUAGAUGCCACUAAAUCCUACACACUGGGCCUUUUAAAAGAGGAUACUGAGUUUGCCUGCCUGUGAUUCCCAGACUUUGUGCAGGGAAGCAGACGACCCAUGCACAUAUCAGCUACUGUUGGCCACCGACAACACCAACAAACAUUACAAAUUUGUUCUGCUCAAGAUAAAUUCAUUGUUUACUUUUAUAUCUUUUUGCUUUUAAAAGAACGAGUACUCCAUUUAUGGAUAAAAUGUCUCCUGUUGUGAUACUAAAUCAUGUGUGAUGCUCUUGGAUUUAACUGUGUAUGCUUUUGGCUUGUUGAUGGAAGAUUCUUCUUGUGGACUUAAUUUCAUCUGCUACAGUUGAAUCUGAGUUAAAGUGGACAAACAUCUUUUACUUAAAGGAGCUGAACCUCAGCCUGAGCUGUGAACGGUGAGGAGAGAUAAGGAGCUGGCUGAGGGAGGACUGACAGAGCUGCCACCUUGCUGGAGAGGCUGCAAGACAGAGCAGUGACACAACAGAGCAAAGCAUAAUUUUCUUGGCUUCAAUGAAUGUGUGAAGACUCGGAGGAGCGCCUCAUCUCACCUGCACAGGCUUGUGACAAGUAGAUUGCACUAGUACAGAACCUUUACCAUUUGUCAGGAUUGGCCUUUAGUCAGAGGUUCAAACCGCUAUUUAUUUGACUAAAUCCACGUCCCACAUCUAGCAUGGGUACAAGAGGCCUUCUGGGCUGCCUUCUCCUGACUGCUUUGCUCAGCUUAUCAAACGCUGGGCUCGUGAAGAAAAUCCUACGGCAUCGGCGACAGACUCUGGCAUCCCCCGAAGAACAAAACAUCACCCUCCCCGGUGCAAACCAACCUGUGGUUUUCAACCACGUCUAUAACAUCAAUGUUCCUGCCAGUUCCCUGUGCUCAGUGAACCUUGACGCUCCAGAGAGCAUGCAGCUCCAUCCCACAGAUGCAGCAGUCUCUUCGGGCCAUCACUCCACUGAGCACACAGUCGAUGGGGAGAACCAGAUCAUCUUCACCCACCGCAUCAACAUACCUCGGCAGGCCUGCGGUUGUACCGACGACAUGCCCGGCCUGAAAGACCUCAUGAGCCGGUUGGAGAUGCUUGAGGGAGAAGUUUCAGCAUUGAGAGAUCAGUGCAGCGGUGACGGGGCCUGCUGCAGUGCACAGGUCACAGGUGAGGUGGGAACUAAACCUUACUGCAACGGUCAUGGAAACUACAGCACUGAAACCUGCGGCUGCGUUUGUCAGCCUGGCUGGAAGGGACCCAACUGCACUGAACCCGAGUGUCCCACUAACUGUCAGGCCCGGGGCCGCUGCGUUAACGGAAAGUGUGAGUGCUUCCAGGGCUUCACCGGAGAAGACUGCGCACUCGAGGUCUGCCCUGUGGACUGCGGAGCGCACGGCCAGUGUGUGGGCGGUAUUUGCAUCUGCUCUGAUGGUUUCUUUGGCGAAGACUGCUCUCAAACCAAGUGCCUCAACAACUGCCGCGGCCGCGGCCGCUGUGAAGACGGAGACUGCGCUUGUGACGAACCCUGGACUGGAUUCGACUGCUCUGAACUCAUCUGCCCCAAAGACUGCUACGACCGUGGACGCUGUGUGAAUGGCACCUGCUACUGCGAUGAGGGAUACACCGGGGAGGACUGUGGAGAUCGCACCUGUCCCAACAACUGCCAUGGUAACGGCUUCUGUGUAGAUGGCCAGUGCGUCUGCACCGCCGGCUACAGUGGAGAAGACUGCGCUCAGAUCACCUGCCUCAACGACUGUAACGGCAGAGGCACGUGCUUCAACGGGAUGUGUAUCUGUGACACGGGCUACCAAGGCGAAGACUGCAGCCAGUUAGCAUGUCUGAACAACUGUAACCACAGAGGCCAGUGCGUAAAUGGACAGUGUGCCUGCGAUGUCGGUUUCCAGGGAGACGAUUGCGCAGAGCUUUCCUGUCCAAGCAACUGCCUGCACAGGGGCCGCUGUGUUAACGGCCAGUGUGUCUGCGAGGAAGGCUUCGCUGGUGAGGCCUGCAGCAUCAGGACCUGCCCCUCUAACUGCUAUGGACGCGGCGAGUGUAUUGAGGGACGUUGCGUGUGUCAUGCGGGUUUCACCGGCAAGGACUGCGGUGAACUGAGCUGCCCUAACAACUGUCAAAACCGUGGCCGGUGCAUCGAUGGGCAGUGUGUCUGUGACGAAGGCUUCUCUGGUGAAGACUGCAGUCAGAAAGCUUGCCCCAACGACUGCCUGACCCAGGGUUACUGUGACGAUGGCAAGUGCAUCUGUCAGGAAGGCUACUCGGGAGAUGACUGCUCUGUGCUCGCCUGUCCACAUAACUGCAACAACAGGGGGCGCUGCAUCAAUGGAAAGUGCACAUGUGAUAGUGGAUAUCAAGGAGAAAGCUGUGUGGAGCUGAGCUGUCUCAACAACUGCCAGGACAAAGGCCGCUGCGUGAAUGGUCAGUGCGUCUGUGAUGAGGGAUACAUUGGAAAAGACUGCUCAGAAGUGUCUCCUCCAAAGGAUCUUACCGUAGGCGAGGUCACCUCAGACACGGUGGACCUGUCCUGGAACAACGAGAUGUUGGUGAUGCAGUACCUGGUGACAUAUGUGCCCACCAGUCCUGGUGGUCUUCAUCAGGAGUUCACUGUGCCUGGAGACAAAACUGCUGCCACUGUGAAAGAGCUUGAACCUGGCAUUGAAUACCAGAUCAAUGUCUACGCUGUUCUGAGCAACAAGAGGAGUGUCCCUGUCAGUGCGAGGGUGGCCACAGACCUUCCACAGCCAGAGGGUUUAAGAUUCAAAUCAGUGAGAGAGACCUCAGUGGAGGUAAUGUGGGACCAGCUGGACAUUCCCUUUGAUGGCUGGGAGAUCUAUUUCCGCAACACGAAAGAAGAAAAUGGAAAAGUCGUGAGCACCCUUCCACCCUCUCAAAACCAGUUUUUCCAGUCAGGCCUUGGACCAGGACAGGAGUAUGAAGUCUCCAUCAACAUCAUCAAGAACAACACCAGAGGACCCCAAACAUCUGAAAAAGUCACUACCAAGAUUGACGGCCCCCGGCAGGUGGAGGUGAAGGAUGUGACGGACUCCUCAGCUCUGGUCAGCUGGUCUCAGCCGGUGGCUCCUAUGGGCAGAGUCACCAUGUUUUACGGGCCCAGCUCCGACCCCUCAGAUGAAACCAGUGUGGAGAUCUUCCCUCCAGACAAGCAGUACAGCAUUGACGGUCUGAGGCCAGACACUGAGUACAAGGUGUCGCUCAUCUCCAGGAGUGGAGACAUCACCAGUGACCCCGUCACCGCCACAUUCAUUACAGCCCUGGAUGCCCCCACGGACCUUCAGGCUGUGUCCCAGACAGAGGACAGCAUCACUCUGGAGUGGACUAACAGUCAAGCUGAUGUUGGCAGCUAUAGGGUGAAAUACAGUCCCAUCUCUGGAGCAACUCAUGGUGAGGAACUGUUCCCACGAGGACCAGGAGACACCACAAAAGCUACUAUCACUGGGCUAAAGCCAGGGACAGAGUAUGGGAUUGGUGUGACUGCCGUGAAGAAUGAGAUGGAGAGCCUCCCUGCUACUACAAAUGCAGCAACUGAUAUCGAUCCUCCCAGAGACUUCGAAAAAGUCGAGUCCACAGAGACCUCCCUCACCUUGAGGUGGCAGAAACCUCGGGCCAAGGUUGGCGCCUACAGGCUGGUGUACGUCUCCAAAGAUGGCCAGGUUGAGGAGGUGGAGAUCCCAGCCACAGCGACUAGCUAUGGCUUGUCCAACCUGACUCCUGGAAUGAGCUACACCAUCACUUUGACUGCAGAGAGGGGUCACAAGAGGAGCACACCUGUCACCCUUCCUGCAUCUACAGCCUCUUUCACAUUUUAUUUAGCUGACUCAGACGACCGUGAGCUAACGACUCCUACAGGCUCGGAGGACAAUGUCAUUAGCUUUGUGUAUUUAGACCCCUCUGAGUCCCAAUUUUCUGGGACGGAGCCUGAGGAUGAGCUUGGAACGCUGACUAUCUCAGGCAUCACGCCUGAUGGAUUUGACCUCUCGUGGAAACUAAAGGCUCACAGUGUCUAUGAUAGUUUCGCAGUAGAAUAUAAUGACACUCUGCAAUUAUGGGAUGUAAGAGAGGUCCGACUUCCUGGUGAUGCCACUGGCUCUAGAAUCCAAGGCCUGAAGGCAUCGACAGAAUAUCAAAUAAAACUUUAUGGAAUAACCAGUAGCCAGAGAUCUGCGCUACUUGAAGCUGUUGCACUUACAGCACCCAAGCCUACCUCUCCAGAUGUACUUGUGCUGAGCAUCAAAGAUGCCCCAACAACCCCACAGCCUGCUCUGGAUAUUGAAGCAGUUCAAAACCCACAUCCCCUCCGUCCUCUGAACACUGAGGCUCCUUCCACUUCUGAUACUGGUGUGAUGAGCUCCAGGGCUGAGCCUGAAAGCUCAAGCCUGAACGUAUUGGGGGACCUCACAGUCAAUGUUACCUCCUCUAGUGUAAGCCUGGCUUGGUUGGCGCCUGACCAGGCGUUUGAUAACUUUUUGGUGGAGCUCAGUGCUCCGUCAGGGGAGACACAAGCUCAUGUGACCACACUACCAGGAAGUGUGAGAAAGGCUGAAAUAGAGGGUUUGUCCCCGUCUACACACUAUGAUAUUACGUUGCAAGGGCUGGUGGAAGGGAAGCGAUCUUUACCUCUCAAAGGUUUUGCUACUACAGAGGAGCUGAAGCCCAUGGUGAUGAACCUCACCAUCUCUGACAUUACAUGGGACGGCUUCACUGCGUCCUGGAGCCCCACGGGUGGGGAAUAUGGCAGCUUUGUCAUUGAGGUAACAAACUUGGAGAAUUUCGCAGAGAGCCAGAACCUCACUCUCUCUGGAGACGCUUUCAGCCUGGGCAUCUCCGGGCUUAAUCCCAACACCAGCUACAUGGUUGGCCUGUUUGGGAUGUAUCAGGGCUCCUUCCUUGAACCCGUGUACACUGAAGCCACCACAGUGAAUCAGCCAGUGGUUGGCAAACUAUAUAUCUCAAACUUAACGUCAGAGAGCUUUUCAAUCUUCUGGAAUGGCACUGAAGGAGAAUUUGAUGGUUUUAUCCUGGAGAUAAUUGAUUCUGAUUGGCUGAUGGAGCCAAAGGAAUAUAACAUGUCCAACAAUGUAAAGUCCCAUGACGUCACAGGGCUCAGGCCCAGCACUGACUAUAUAGCCUACCUCUAUGGGACAUACAAGGGAUCCCGAACAAGUGCUGUCAGUAUUGUUGCAUCAACAGCUGAAGAGCCUGAUUUGUCCAGGCUAGUUGUUUCUAACAUUACCUCAGACAGAUUUUCUCUGUCGUGGCGGACAGGAGAGAAGGCUUUUGAUAACUUUAUAGUAGAAGUCAGAGAGUCUGCUUUGCCCUCGCAGGCAAUGGGGCGCGCUCUCCCGGGAGACGUGCGUUCCACAGUCAUGGCGGGGCUCAAAGCGAGCACAAGCUACAACAUAAAGCUGUACGCCAGCGCUGGUGGCCAGAACACACAGCCCUUAUUUGAUGUAACUACAACAGAGGACGUCCCACAGUUGGGGCCCAUAGCUGCUUCAUCUGUGAGCCCACAUAACCUCAGCUUGACCUGGAGCACUGUGUCAGGCCAUUUUGAUGGCUUUGUUAUCCGGGUCAGUGACCCUGAGCAGCAGUCUGAUACGCUGGAGUUCAGACUGCCCGGGGAAGCCCGUAACAUUACGAUCUCUAACCUGAUGGAUGCCACAGGCUAUGAUAUUGAACUGUACGGCAUCUCUCAUGGGCGCCACACUCCCUCUGUGUUAGCCCACGCCAUCACAGCUCCUUUGCCUAAAGUGGAAAACUUGACAAUUUCCAACAUAACCCCCUACGGCUUCCGUGUGUCUUGGGAGGUGAAGCAUCAGCUGCAACAGGAGGAAUUAGCCCCCUCUAGUGGCGGCUUCAGCCAUUUUCACAUAGUGGUGACGGACUCUGGCUGGCUGCUGGAGCCUCAGGAGUUCACUGUGCCAGGAAACCAAAGUCACCUGGACAUCUGGGGCCUCAUCACAGGCAUAGGCUAUGAGGUCAGGCUGACCGGGGUGUCAGAGUCAGGGCUUCUCUCUCGGCCUCUGACUACAGUGGCUGUGACAGAGGCUGAGCCGGAGGUGGAGCAUCUCUUUGUCUCGGACAUCACAGCUGACGGUUUCCGCCUGUCAUGGACUUCUGAUGAAGACAUGUUUGACAGAUUUGUGAUCAAAAUAAGAGACGGCAAAAGAUUAGCCCAUCCUCAAGAGUACAGCGUCCGUGGCGAUGAACGAACCAAGGUUUUAACUGGACUCAUGAGUGGCACUGAGUAUGAAAUCGAGCUUUAUGGUGUCACAUUGGACCAACGCUCCCAACCUAUUACUGGGGUUGCUCAGACAGGCCUGAGCACUCCAAGGGGACUUCACUUCUCUGAAGUGACGGACUCCUCAGCCAUAGUUCACUGGUCCGUGCCUCGCUCUCCAGUGGAUAACUACCGUAUCAUCUAUGUGCCCUUUGAAGGAGGAAGCCCAAUGGCAGUGACUGUGGAUGGCAGCGUGUUUGAGGCUUUGCUGCCCAAUAUGAUCCCUGGCAAAACGUACCAAGUGACCGUGAGGUCUGUGAAGGGUCUGGAGGAAAGUGACCCCAGCACUGACACUGUAACCACAGCUUUGGACAGACCUCAGGGUUUAACUGCAGUUAAUGUCACUGACACCUCAGCCCUGUUGCUGUGGCAGCCGUCCGUGGCCACUGUCGAUGGCUACGUCAUUACUUACAGUGCUGAUUCAGUGUCCCCUGUGGUGGAGCAUGUUUCUGGGAACAUAGUGGAGUUUGAGAUGGGCUCCCUGGUUCCAGGAACCCACUACACAGUUGGAGUACAUGCUAUGAAAGAAGCUCAGAAGAGCGACUCUGCUGUUACUGAAUUCACCACCGAGGUGGACCCUCCUCGUGAUCUGACAGCUAUUAACAUUCAGACUGACAGUGCGACUCUCACAUGGAAACCUCCGCAGGUUGCUGUCACUGGUUACACACUCACCUUCUCCUCUGCUGAUGGUAUAAUCAGGGAAGUGGUGCUAAGCCCGACAGCGUCCUCUUAUAGCAUGGCUCAGCUAACUGGCUCUACAGAGUACAAUGUCAGACUGCAGGCCAUCGCUGGGGCCCAGAGGAGUCGUCACGUGCGCACCGUCUUCACUACCAUUGGACAGUUGUACAGACGCCCUAAGGACUGUGCUCAGAUUUUACUGAAUGGAGAGACGACCUCUGGUCUGUACACCAUCUAUGUGGGAGGAGAGGAGAGCCAGCCCAUCAAGGUUUACUGUGACAUGACCACAGAUGGCGGAGGAUGGAUGGUUUUCCUCAGACGCCAGAAUGGAAAGCUGGAAUUCUACAGGAACUGGAAGAACUACACAGCUGGCUUCGGUAACAUGAAUGAUGAGUUCUGGCUGGGUCUCUCCAACCUCCAUAAAAUCACAAAUUCUGGUCAUUAUGAGCUGCGAGUGGACUUGAGGGACAACGGGGAAUCAGCCUACGCUCAGUACGACAAGCUGACGAUUGCAGAGCCAAGAACACGCUAUAAAGUCUACAUCGGAGCGUAUAGUGGAACAGCAGGUGACUCCAUGACUUACCACCAGGGUCGACCCUUCUCCACCUUUGACAAUGAUAAUGAUAUUGCUGUCACCAACUGCGCCUUGUCCUACAAAGGCGCCUUUUGGUAUAAAAACUGUCAUCGUGUCAACCUCAUGGGGAAAUAUGGUGACAACAGUCACAGUAAGGGGAUCAACUGGUUCCACUGGAAGGGCCACGAACACUCUAUUGAAUUUGCAGAAAUGAAGAUUCGGCCGGCCAACUUCAGAAAUUUUGAGAGCAGAAAAAAACGAUCAUAGACUCAUGAACCCUUCCUCGUCUACACCUCAUCUCCAUCCCUCAUGAACUUCUGUCUUUGCUCAUCCUCAAAUCUUUCUCUAAAAUA